UUCUCAGUCUGUACAUGCAGGAAAAUGGCUGAGGCCAGUAUUUCAGUAGAUCAGGACCAGUUCAUCUGUCCAGUGUGUCUAGAUCUCCUGAAGGAUCCAGUGACUAUCCAUUGUGGUCACAGUUUCUGUAAGGUGUGUAUUAAUGAUUGCUGGGAUCAGGAGGAUCAGAAGGGUGUAUACAGCUGUCCUCAAUGCAGAGACACUUUCACUCCAAGGCCUGUUCUACGCAGAAACAACAUGCUGGCUGAAGUGGUGGAGAAACUGAAGAAGAACACUGAAGUCCAAGCUGCUUCUUCUGCUUACUGUUAUGCUAAACCUGGAGAUGUGGAGUGUGAUUUCUGCACCGGGAGAAAACACAAAGCUGUCAAAUCCUGUCUGGUGUGUCUGGCUUCUUACUGUAAAAUUCAUCUUAAAACUCAUCUGGAAGAUUCUACUUUAAAAAAACACACCUUAACUGAAGCCUCAGGAAAACUCCAAGAGAAGAUCUGCUCUGAACAUAAUGAAGUGCUGAAGAUCUACUGCCGUACUGAUCAAACCUGCAUCUGCUAUUUGUGCAUGAUGGAUAAUCACAAAGGACACGACACUGUCACAGAUGCAGCAGAAAGAGCUGAGAAACAGAUUGAGUUAAAGGAGAAGCAGAUGAAAUCCCAGCAGAGAAUCCAGGAGAAGCAGAAGAAGGUGCAGGAGCUGAAACAGGCUGUGAACACUAUAAAGUUAAAAGCACAGACAGCAGUGGAGUACAGUGAGAGGAUCUUUACUGAGCUGAUCAGCUCCAUAGAGAAAAAGCGCUCGGAGGUGACGGAGCUGAUCAGAGCUCAGGAGAAGACUGAACUGAGUCGAGCUGAACGACUCCUGGAGCAACUGGAGCAGGAGAUUGCUGAUCUUCAGAGGAGACUCACUGAGCUGGAGCAGCUUUCACACACACACAAUCACAUCCAUUUUCUUAAGGCUUUAGCUUCUGGACAUCCGUUUCUCCUGGAAAACAGACUUGACUUUCAGACAUCCAGGAUCAGUGUCCAUCAACAUCCUUCAUUUGAUGAAGUUAGGAAUUCUCUCUCAAAUCUGAAAAAGAGACUCGAGGCAUUCUGUGAGGAGGAAUUCAACAAAAUCCCUCCACAUGCUGCAACAGUUCAGAUCUUUUCCAUACCAGAGCCACAGAGCAGAGAAGAUUUUCUGACAUAUUUCUGUUAUCUGACUCUGGAUCCCAACACGGCACAUCGUGACCUCAUUUUGUCUGAGAAGAACAGAGUGGUGAGAAACAGUGGAAGUGAGCAGCAGUACUCUGAUCAUCCAGAGAGAUUUGACUCCUGGUCUCAGGUGUUGUGUAAGGAGAGUGUGUGUGGACGCUGUUAUUGGGAGGUGGAGUGGAGGGGUGAUGCUGUGUCCCUAUCAAUCUCGUAUAAAGACAUCAGCAGGAAAGGACAGGGUGAUAAGUGUGUGUUUGGGUGCAACAAUCUGUCCUGGAGUUUGGAGUGUUCUUCUUCUCUAUCUUUUUGGCACAACAACGUUAAGACUGAUCUCAGAACCCAAUCCUCUAACAAAAUAGGAGUGUAUGUAGAUCCUUGUGAAGGAACUCUGUCCCUCUACAGCGUUUCAGACACAAUGAAGCUCCUCCACCGUGUCCACACCACAUUCACUCAGCCUCUGUACGCUGGGUUUGGGUUCUACAGGUGGUCUGCCUCUACUGUGCGAUUGUGUGAUCCAGAACAAAGUUUGUAGUGUUUUGUGUAAAAUUCAAAGAUAGAGAUCCAUGGUUAUAGAUUUGAAUCCUGUCUUGGGUCUGUGAGAAAAGAGUUUCCAUGUUCUCCCCAUGCUUGGUGGAUUUCUUCUGGGUAAACUGGUUUGCUGCAACAGUCCAAGAAGCUUUUAAACUAGGCUAACUGGUGUUUCCAAAUUGGCCAUAACUGUUUGUGCCCUGCAAUGGCUUGGCACGGCAUCCAGGGUAUAUUUUGUGGAUGUUGUCAGUAAGAAUGACAAAGUCUGAGUAUUUCACAAUCUGCUUAGUUACAGUUUUUUUUUAUACACAACCAUUUCUAGGGCUUACAAAGAAUGGUGUGAAAAGGGAAAAACAUCCAGUAUGCGGCAGUCCUGUGGGCAAAAAUGCCUUUUUGAUGCUAGAGGUCAGAGGAGAAUAGGCCGACUGAUUCAAGCUGAUAGAAAAGCAACUUUGACUGAAAUAACCACUCGUUACAACCAAGGUAUGCAGCAAAGCAUUUGUGAAGCCACAACUAGCACAACCUCGAGGUGGAUGGGCUACAACAGCAGAAGACCCCACCAGGUACCACUCAUCUCCACUACAAAUAGGGGAAAAAAGCUACAAUUUGCACGAGCUCACCAAAAUUGGACAGUUGAAGACUGGAAAAAUGUUGCCUGGUCUGAUGAGUCUCGAUUUCUGUUGAGACAUGCAAAGGCAUGAAUACAGUGAAAACAGGUGCACUUUUAUUCAAACACAAGGGGGAACACACUCAUAUUUUGGAAAUUAUCAAGUUUUGGUGAUCAGUGUAAGGAAAGAGGAUAGGGAGCAGAACACCCAGGUAGUAGACGGUGAUCCAUGCUCAGGCGAGUCGCUUGUGUGAGCAGCGUGGGGCAGCGCAGAGGCACGGCGCAACGAGGAGGCAGGUGGACAAGAGUGCUGACUUCUUCUCGGGGGCAACCGUGUAUGACAGCUCCCACUGGCGUCCGAAUUUGGUAAACAAAAAAAAGUAAAGUCAUAUAAGUAAUUCACAAUACAUCUCCCACUCACCAGCAUGCAGGUGAGUGGUGGCGCCCCGCCUCUUUCGGGAGUGUCACACUGUUAAUGUCAUUCUUUCCCAUGCCUUAGUGAUGGGUUUUCCUAGGCGAGCGAGGAGCUUUUUUUAUUAUUAUGUGCACUGACUGCAAGCCCGUCGCCACAACAGCAACAACUGUCUUUAGACCCUUGAAUGAGAUACAGAAGAAACAUUUUUAAAAAUCCUGUAAAGGGUUCCCAUGUGAGAACUCUCUUUCUCCCGUAUUUUGCAAGCUAAAUACUAAAGCUAAUGCGCAAAAUCUAUGGCAGGGGGUUGGGGAGCAUUUUAACGCUUAACCCUGGCAUGAUUCGGAGUGUUCACUUUGUCCGUGUUGGCCUCAAAAUCCCAUAAUACCUUGCACAUUCACAUUUAGCUUGCAACUUAAACGAGAAAGAAAGUUCUUGCACACGGGAGAGAUGCUUUGCCUUUCUGGAGCAUGUUUUUUUCCGCUUUUGGUGUAUUAUUUUUCCCUUGUAAGUAUAUUAUUUUUAUCUUGUAAGAGUAUAAUUUUUUUCCUCGUGAAUCUAUGAUUUUUCCUGUUAGUUUUUUUUUCUGUGUAAGUGUUCAAAUUUCAAUAAUAUGAAUAAAAAAAUACUUUUGCAUGCUAUUCAAAUUUUUUUAGAUGAACUGUAUUUCAAAUUUCAUACUCAUUGUUCACAUUUGUCAAUAAAUUAUUUGGCAAU